GAGCGGGGCCGAGCCGAGCACCGACACAGUUAAUACACGCGCGCCUAUGGGAAUCGCGAGCUGUCGAAAAACGCCUAGAAUUACACUUUUUUUUUAUUUCAGCGAAAAAAAAGUAAUAGAAAGUGAAGAACAUUACCAUCAGACCAUAUCUCUAGAAAAUCUUUACAAGAAAUUACGAAAUGACGGAAAAAUAGACGCAGAUUUGUGAAAAAAAAAUCUCGUAAUGGGUGGGACAACUCGGCCCGCGGUCCGAGAUGUCCCGUGGUCCGAGUUGACCCGACCCCGCGUUGUCAGGCUAUACGCGUACGCUAGGCGAAGUCUACGCGUACGGUGCUUGAGCGCGAAGCCUUUAUUUUAGGCUCGCCCGACAAAUUUUAGAAAAGAAACUAAUCAGACUUUCGGAGUGCAGUGCUCAGCAGUAAAAGACGAUGUCAAGUUCUAGGAAAAGAAACAAGGAGGACUCCUAUGAGUAUCCUGUACAAUCUUUUGAAGAAUGGUUGGAAAGAGAAAGAAGUGGGAUGGACUGGCCCAUCCUGGAGAUGGAUAAAAUGACCCUUGACCUCAAAACAGAUAAAGGACUUCUUGGUACACAUGCAGAGAUUGUUGAGGCUUUGUCGGAAUAUGCUUCAUUUCCUAUUCACAUUCUGGACAAUCUGGAAGCAAAGGUUGACAGACUGCAAGAGCGACUUGAUAUAUACGCCACUCAGGUUGUUACAGCUGAUGGAAGGUCGUCACGGUUGCAGAAUGAACUCUUCCAUUCCCCAGCAGCAGGACCCGUUGUAUAUAAACCAGUGAUGCAACGAGCUGCAAACAGUGACAUGGUGAAAGCACAUCGUGUGCAGGAGAAAGACAACAGCACUGAACUCAGAGCUCUCAUCCUAGGUAGCAAGGCCAGAAGUCUUGAGGUAAUGAGCUAUCCAGGCUUCAACAAGAAUGAACUAACUGAACUUCCCCAUGGUCUUGAGGCACCCCAGAUACUAGACAGGGUUACCAGAGCCCAGGAUUAUAAUGCUGGAUUCAACAAGUUUUGGAAGAAGUUGUUCCUAUCGGAAGCAUCGGUGGCUGUCAUGCAGGACAUGUUUUGGUGGUUCUUUAUAGAUAAAUAUGAGCCAAAGAGAGAAGAGGAGAAGAAAAAGAUUUUCAACAGGAUAGCAGACAGCUUUGUUGCCCUGUUUGUCAGCGUUAAUCCAGAAAUCAAAGAUAAAUUCUUUGUGGUGUAUGCAGACUGCUUAGCCCAGGCGAUAUUUGCAGCGUACUGGGAAGCCUUCAUUGACUCGCAUCAUCAGCUGGGGGAUAGGUUCAAACAGAACAUAGCUUCUAUCUGCUCUGAGCUUACUGCAGGUGUGAAACCCAAGCCGUUGUCAUGGAAACACUGGGAUGUGAAGAGGCUACAGCCUAAGAGCAUGAACAAGGAGAAAGAAGAGGAUAAACAUCGAGUGGUACUCAUUAAAGAAGGUCAUAUCAAUAAAGAUGCUGAUUUCUCCAUCAAUGUGGAUAUACCCGAUGAGAGCGAUUCCCUCGCCAACGAACUCGGCUCAACUGUAUCACGAGAGAUGACCCUCCUCAACAAAGGUCACCGCUUCCCUCAGACGAUAGCCACCAACGUGGAAGGGGCUCAUACCGAAGUGGAGUCUCACCAAAUAGGUCCAGGUCCUGACUUUGAGAGAGUCCUGUUUAACAUCAAGGGUCGGAGCCCUCUUGUGGCCCACUAUCUUCACAUGAGACAGCUGGCUGGUAAUCAGAACGUCGGCAGGAAUGUGCGCAGGACAGAGGUGGAAAAGCUCCCUCCACCUGCUCCUACCUACCGUGAGGUCAUCAAAGACUCAAACCGUAUGGCUAAGGCUAUGAGUUCAGAAUACCAGAAGAUUAGUGAUAUUUUGAACAAGGAGUUAGCAGCUAUUGAGAAGCAGAGGGCUCAGCAGGCAAGGGAGAUAGAGGCUCUUAAGACUCAGAUAUUACAGAGGUCAUACGAUACCAAGAUCCUGAGCGAGAAGAUUCUAGAUUUCAGGGGAAAAGAGGGAAUUGUCACCAUCAUGAAACAAGACAAAUCUGGCCCUGCUCGCACUCGGCCAAGGAGUAUGAAAACGGAGAGCAGUGCAGAAGAUGGAGAAGAUGAAAAUGAAGAGGAUCCUGACUUGGAUGAAGGAACAUGAAGAAACAAGGAACCCCUUAUUAGGGUUUAUGCAAUUAAAAUAAAAUUCCAUAUUUAAAGAGUUUAGGUUUUUGAUAUUCAGCUACUUUGUCCGUUGGAAUUAAGCUAUUUGUAAGUUAUGCACACUUUUAUACUAGACUGGUUACCCAUUCUUGUGCUAAAUUGAUUGUGCAGACCUCAACUCCGCCCCUUCCCCGUCUUUGGAAAAUGUAAAUACCCCUCUAAAAAUGAAAAUGUCGACCAAUUUUAGACAUGAAUGUCUCAUUUGUUUUGAGAAUUUUUUUUUUUGGGGGGGAGGGGCUUGUCAAAAUCUUAAUGAGGCUCAUGUUAAUCCAUUUUACUAUCGUGGUGGAUCGUUUUUGUCCAUGGGAACCAAAUUUUUAUGAGAAAAAUAACCCCUCCCACGAAAUAAAGCUUGUAAAUGAUUUUAUACUGAUUUUUUUCUUACUUUUAUUGUCUACAACACUAUUUCAGACAUUGAUAUAACAUGAAAUUGUGAGACAAGGUACGCCCACCCCACAAUGCUUAUUUGCUUGAAUUCUCAAUUUUUCCUCUCCUUUUUUUAUCAUAUUGUCAUUGGAAAUUGUCAACAACACUUACAGUCAUAAAUAACAUGAAAUCUAUAGUUUUUAAUCAAUGAAAAUUGAAAAUAUUGACACAUUUAUGGUUAUGUAUUUUUGGCUAGAAAUAAAAUUUGCAUUUGAUUUGCACACAAAAUGACACUUUUAUAGCAACUUAAAUUUGUUCCGACAUGCACUUUCGUUUUGUUGCAUAUCUUUGGAUCUGCAUGCUUGGGAAUCACAUAUUUUUGAAAAGUUGUGUGGGACUGUCUAAAAAGAAAGAAGUCAAGAAAAAUUGCCAAUUUAACAUGAAAGAUAUUGAUGGGGAAUGGGGACUAAAUAAGCCCCCAGGCUUUUGGAUUGCACUGCAAAAACUGUGAUGUUGAUUUACCACCAGCCAGAAACUGUAUAUGUCCACACCUGAGAAGUGUUAAACAACACCAGUUUGGUAGGUGUUUAUACAACACCAAUUCGUAUUAAAACAGCAUUGGUUUGAUUCCAAAGUGGUGUUGUUUCAAUACUUCUCUGGUGUGGACAUAUAUAGAUUCUUGGCUGAUGGAAAUCAACACCGGAGUUUAAGUGUGAUGAUGAUAUACGUACUAUGCGAUUAGAAAAUGAUGUCGUGCAGAUGUCAUAACAAUGUAAUUUUGCCCACUAAUGUGUUUAAUUUACAAUCAUUAAAAGCAAUGUGUCUUCCUGUGUCUUUGAAAACCAGUAUUGAUGCUGUACAGUGUAAUUGCAACACCUCGAAAAUGGUCUCAGUGACUACUUAUUGUAUGAUUUUGUAAAUUCAUGUAUAUUUUUAAAACUAUUUAUAGUAUAUGAAUGUAAUAUAUAUGUGUAUUAUAUGUAAAUAAAUACAUUGUGAUUGAAUCAUUCCAUUUCAAAAA